AUGUUGUUUCUACAGGGUCUACAAGAAGACCAGUGGCAAUGGUUCGAUGGAGUGCUUAAGAUUGACCCUUCAGAUCUUAAUGGAAGAAAAGUGUGGGUACAGCUUGCAUGUGCCUUCCGCUAUGGAAGAGAGGAUCUAGAUGUGAUUGGAGUUUCAUUUAGGAAAGACAUCUGGGUAAAACGCAUUCAGAUGUACCCACCUUCAACAAACAGGCCACCCGACACACCAAUGCAAAAAGCACUUGUGAUGAAAGCUGCGGACCAAGGACACCCCUUCACUCUUGACAUUCCAGUUCAUCUUCCAUGCUCUGUAUCCCUUCAACCGGCAUCAGAUGAUGUCGGCAAGCCUUGUGGGGUUGACUAUGAGCUCAAAGCCUAUAUUGCCAAUGAGGCAGACAACCUUGAUGAGACGAUUGUCAAGAAGGACACUUGCCGUUUGAUCAUCCGUAAAAUCCAGUAUGCCCCAGAAAAGCAAGCAGCAGGACCCAAGGCUGUGAUCAGCAAACAAUUUAUAACAACAGACAAAUCAAUUCACCUGGAGGCCUCCAUGGAAAAGGAGCUUUUCUACCACGGAGAUCCGAUUCCUGUCACAGUAAAAGUGAACAAUGAGACCAGUAAAGUUGUAAAGAAAAUCAAAAUUACAAUUCACCAAAUUACAGAUGUUGUGCUUUACUCAGCGGACAAAUACCACAAAUGUGUCCUGAAUGAAGAAUUUAGUGACCAGGUUAAUGCUAACUCCACCUUUGAGAAGGAAUACAAAGUCACUCCAUUGCUGGCAAAUAACAAAGAUAAAUUUGGUCUUGCCCUGGACGGCAAACUGAAGGAUGAAGACACCAACCUGGCUUCUUCAACAAUUCUGCUACCUGAUAUGGAUAAAAAGAUGCAAGGCAUGAUGGUUUCCUACAAAAUUAAGGUUACCCUCAUAAUGGGAGGUGGUCUCUUGGGAAGCCUCACAACAAGUGAUGUUACUGCUGAGCUCCCACUGGUUCUGAUGUCACCCAAGCCAGCAGGUGAAGUUUCUAUUGUUGUGAAAAAUAACACUGUAUGGGUGUUGACAACUGAUGGCAAAUUUUCCUAUAGCUGUGUGCUUAUGAACAUGUUUUACAAGUUCUGA